AUGGAAGUAAAAAAGAUCAUGGUUAACCAUGAGCAUUCAAACCAGAAGAGUCAAUUAAUUACUGCUGCACCACCUGCAAUUAAAUUUGUUAGCGCAGAUACGAUGGUGACCUUGACACAAACGAGCAACAAUGCGAUACCGGAAAUAUCUGAUGAAGAAUUACUUGAAAUGGCUUUGAUGCUUGAAAAACAACAAGAAUAA